AAUUCGAUGACGCAGCAUCAGAGGAAGGUGAGAGGAACCACAGAAUGACAGAGGGAGAUCUGAUUUAUCCUCUGUGUUAUGAUCAAUUGGUUAUGCUGCGCGUGUUCCGGAGCCUCAGGAAUGUCUCCACUUGUUGUCGUGGUCGUUCUCUCGGCCAUCCUUCGUGGUCACGAUCUUCGUGUGCGAGAUCCAUUCCUUCCCAGCUUCCUGCAGCCUCCGCCGCACAGUGCUGUCAUCUCCUUCUCACCCACAGCAAAGACAGCACUGAGAGGGACACCCCAGACGUCCUCCAACGCCGAAGGGAAAACACCAGAGUACAUCGCCUCUCAAGAGCUUGUAGACCUGAUCAGAAUGGAACUCUCCGGUGGGUCGGUCUGUCGGUGUCGGAUGCCCACACAACCGCGUCUAUGUAUGGCUAUGUGUGUGCAGGCUAGGAGCCGAGCCGCCCGUACAGGCUGGCAGCUUGCCGCAAUGACAGCGAGUGGCACGCAGCCAAUGUCAUUCAGUUGUACCA